AUGUUUACCUGUCGCCUGCCUUGGUGGAGAUCCCGUGCUACUUGCAAGCCGCGGCAGCCGGGUCACUUUCUGCCUCGCAUCUGGGAGAGAUGCCAACCGCCGAGUCGUAAAGGAAUCAACACGACCGCGAGGCAGGGGCAACAGGUCGGCGAGCAGGAGGAACAAGUAUUAGAAGAUCUGGAAAUGCCCCUUGCAAAGAGAGACACCGAGACCCUCUUCCAAGAGCAGCCCGAGACUGGGAACCAGCAUUUGGAAGAUGCUUUGCUUCGGAAUUACUUGAAAGCACACCUUCCUCCCAAGGUACUGGAGGAGGUGAAUCAGGAUCUGGAGAGAUUUGGAAACCGUCUGCUAACCAAGAUCAAACCUCUAGGAUGGGGAUGCAAGUUGAACCUCGCUGUGUUUCGGCAGCGUGAUGCCCGGGGGCAGCGGGUGCAUCACACUGUCACCUGCUCGGCCUGGAGGAGGAUGAAAGAGAUUGCGGCAGAAGAGGGGCUGAUUGCGGAGGCCUAUGAGAGAAGACACUCCAGCUGGAGCCGUUUGCAUCAGGCUGUCAAACUGUACUUAUUUUCAAGCUCCUCUGGAGGUUUCAACUGUGCACUGGCCAUGACUGAUGGGGCAGCCAAAGUCAUCGAGUCACUAGGUAUUCCUGGAUCUCUGAAAAACGCUUUUGACCAUCUGACAUCCCAUGACCCCCAGCAGUUCUGGGCCUCUGGCCAGUGGAUGACCGAGCGCAGGGGAGGCUCUGAUGUUGCUACCUGUUCUGAGACAGUGGCCAGAAAGCAGCCACAUGGUACAUAUCAUCUCUAUGGUUUUAAAUGGUUUACAUUGGCUGCUGAGUCUGAUGUGACGUCAACCCUAGCCAGGGUAGCGGAUGCUGAAGGACAAGUAAAACAGGGUUCCAGCGGCCUGCCCGUGUUCUUCCUGAAGGUUCGAGAUGAGGGGGGGAAGCUGAACAGCAUCCAAGUGCAACGGCUGAAAGACAAGUUGGGCACGCGGCAGAUGGCAAGAGCACAGCUAUGGCUAGAUGGAGCUAAAGCGGAACUAACCUCUGCAGAGGGUCAUGGAGUGGCCUCCAUCUCCAACGUGCUGAACAUAACUUGGAUCCACAACGUCAUUGGUGCGGUAGCUUCCAUGAGAAGGGUGAUCAGUCUGAGCAGGGAGUACGCCCGUAGCCGGGUUGCCUUUGGGAAGCUCCUCCAGGACCAUCCCCUACACAUGCAGACAAUAGCCUGGAUGGAGGUACAGAUGCGAGGGGCGUUUCUUCUGCUUAUGGAGAUCGUUCGUCUGCUUGGACUUGUAGAAACCAACACGGCAAGUGAGCAAGACCAGCUUCUCUUGAGACUGCUGAUACCAGUCGCCAAACUGUACACUGGGAAGCAGGCUUCUGCUGGUGUUGUUGAGACAAUGGAGAGUUUUGGAGGACAAGGUUACAUGGAGGAUACAGGCUUGCCAGUCGUAGUCCACGAUACUCUGGUGCCAUCCAUAUGGGAGGGAACAACAAAUAUCCUGUCACUUGAUGUCCUGCAGUCCCUCACCGAGAGUCAAGGACAAGCGAUGGCUGGGUUCUUCUCCACCGUGCAGGUCCUCAGUUUGCAGGAUUUGUGCCCAACGACAGGCUGCUUUGGAGAAAGCAGCGUUAGUACUUGGUACAGCGUAGCACUUUGUUCUCUGAAGGUCAGACCUCAGGAAAAAACUGGAGCUGGCUUCGAGCGCUGUGAAACUGGAACCCGCCGCGAAGCAAAUGCCAUCGGCAGUCUUGCGCAGUUCACGCAAGCAGCUGGCUCAAAGGGGGCAGCGACCGUGGAGCUAGCAGCAAGAGGCUUCUCCUACACCCUAGCAAGGAUCUAUGCAGGUACUCUUUUAAUUGAACAUGCAGCUUGGCCUGACGCUUCCUCCGCGGACAUCUCCGCUGCUCGAAGGUGGUGCAACCCGGAGCUGUGCCCUGUGGCCACGGCGUCAAGAGAACAGCAGCCACGAGGCCGAGGAAGCGCCGAUGGACGAGCGCGCUGGUGUAGGAGGGCCAGCCCCGCCUGCGGCAGCGGGCCGUCACUCACCAGGGGCAACUGGGAAGCCCAGCCCCCAGGGGAAACAGAAGGCAAAGACUUAAGUGAUCAAAUCCAGAUAGUGACUUGA